AUGGCCGCCGCCCCCGACAUCGCCAGCCUCACCUCCUCCGCCGACGUCUUCACCGCCAACCACACCCUGCCCCAGAUCCGCGCCAUCCACCGCGCACUCCAUGUCCAGAUUGACGACAAGGCCGCGCGCCUGCGCACCCAGGUCGGCUCCUCCUACCGCGGCCUCCUCGGCACCGCCGACUCCAUCGUCCAGAUGCGCCAGGACAACGACGCCGUCCAGGCCCUGCUCGCCCGCAUGGGCCACCGCUGCGGCCGCGCCGUCGUCGGCCGCAAGCUCGAGGGCUACGCCGAGUUUGCCUCCGAAGCCGAAGACCCUCGCAUGGCCGUCUUGGCGAGGGCGAGGCUCCUCGACGCCUGCGCCCUCGUCGUCGGCAAGCUCCUGCUCAAGGGCCGUGGUGCUAACGUCGGCCUCACCACUGCUGCCGCCGCCGCCGGCCACGAUACAAAACUGGGUCCCGGCGACAGGCUGCUGCUCGGCAGCGAGGUCCUCGUGUUGAGCCGCCUGCUGUCCAAGGGUUUCACGCGUGAGGAGCUGGCGAGGGAACCCGACGCCGCCCUCGUCGUCGACACGGCGAGAAAGACCCUCGAGGGUCUCCGCCGGCGUCUUCUCCGGAGCAUCGAAAAGUUCCUCGAAAAGACGGCAGACAACCAGGCCCAGAGGCAGGAUCACACACUCAAGGCCCUGUGCGCCUACAGCCUCGCCACGAGCUCGAGCGCCCGCGACGUGCUCAAGCAUUUCCUCACGGUCCGCAGCAAGGCCAUGUCGGCGGCCUUUUACGCCGACGACGCGGAGACCGGCCGGCUGCAGGGCGGCGCCAACGUUCUCAAGAGCCAGCUGCUGUACGUAAGGACGCUCCUCGACGUCCAGGCGCUGGUGCCCUCGAAGCUCUCGGACGCCCUGGCCAACCUCAAGAAGCGGCCGCUGCUGCAGGGCGACGUGCUCCGAAACGUCGAGGCGCUGAGGCUCGACGUGUACGAGCGCUGGUGCGGUGACGACAUUCUGACCUUUACGCCCUUUAUCCGCCACGACGACCUCGACGGGCCCCAGGCACGCAGCAUGCUCACGAGCUGGGCCGAAAGGGGUGGCGAGGUGCUCGUCGCCGGCCUGCGGUCGACGAUGGAGCGCAUGACCGAGUUCAAGGCCGUCAUAGACCUCCGCACGAGCGUCCUCCGCCUCUGGAUCCGCGACGGCGGCAAGGCCCGCGGCUUUGACCCCUCCGAGAUGCUCGACGCCCUACGCGAGGCCAUCAACGGGCACCUGCUGGCGCUCAUAGAAGCCAAGGUCCACAAGCUGCACCUCGUCGCCUCCGAGGUCGCCGCCACGCUCGACGCCUGGAAGGACGGCGUCACCGACCGCCCGACGCCCCUCUGGGCGCAGACGACCCUCGACAUCGACCCGGCCGCCGGCGUCGACGCCUUCCUGCAGGACCUCGUGGCCCAGCUCCACGGCCGCAACGACGCCGUCGCCAGGGCCGUGGCGUGCUUCGCCUCGUGGCGCCGCGUCAUUGGUGAGGUCGAGGGCGUCGUCGACGAGCUGAAGAAGCAGCGGUGGGAGAACGACGGCGACGACGACGACGACGACGAGAUUGAGGACGAGGAAACCAUUGACGCGCGCCACGCCCAGCUCAGCAGAGACGACCCCGCGGCGCUGCACGACCGGCUCGACGCGACCCUGGCACGCGCGUUCGCCGCCCUCGAGACCCGCCUCGCCGACCUGUGGCGCGCCCGCGCCGGCGCCGUCAACGCCGGCCGCGUCGCCACGUACAUGCUCCGCGUCCUGCGCGACGUGCGCGCCGGCCUGCCGCGGCUCGAAAGGGCCCCGGCCCCGGCCCUCCGCGGCUUCGGCCUCGACAUGGUGCCGUCGCUGCACGACACGCUGGCCCUCGCCGUGUCGGCGGCGCCCGUCGAGGUCUUUGCGUCGCGCGGGCUGACGCAGAAGCUCGUCGUCGGGCGGCCCCUGUGGGAGGGCCGCCCGGAGCUGCCGACGCAGCCGUCGCCGCUCGCCUUCAAGUUCCUGCGCGACCUGUCCGUCGCCAUGAGCGACGCCGGUGUCGACCUGUGGAGCGCCACGGCCGUCGGUGUCGUCAAGCGCAAGGUGCGGCAGCAGAUCUGUGAGGCCUGGCUCGAGGCGGUGGAAGUGCACCUCGACGGCAGCCGGGAGGACGGAGGGAAAGCAAAGGACGAGAAAUCUGCCGACGGCGAGGACGAGGACGAGGACUCAGACGAAGAGGCCGAAGAAGAGAACGAGGCAAAGGACGGCAGCACAACGGAGACAGACGCCGUCGACGACGACGACGACGACAAGCAGACGAAAGAGCAGCAGGAGCAGGAUCUCUUCACCCAGUGGUUCUUCGACAUUCAUCUGUUCGAGUGCGCCUUUGGGCCUGCAGCAGACGGUGCAUCCACGGCGAGCGAACUAGCAGCCCUCGGCGACAAGGUGUACAGCCAUACGGGGCUCGACGGCGCCGAGGCGCGGAAGCGGAUCGCCGCGUCGUCGCGUGAGCACUGGAGGAAGACGAGCCUGCUGUUUGGUCUGCUGGCGUGA